AUAAAUGCUGGAAAAUAAAUUUUAUCCAAUAAGAGGGCACCAUCUUCGAAGCCCGUAAAAAUUCUGGUUGCGUUUGGGUUAUGACGCCCCGGAUGAAGUAAAGCAAUUUUACGAUUUGUCUAAACCUUUUGAAAAGUUUGUGCUUGCUUUUCCAAUAUGCCAAUACUGAGGGGGUCACCAAGAACUGCAUCAGCAGUGAAAGAGAAAGAUUCUGAACAGCCUAAAUCCCCAGAAAGUAAAAGAGAAACUAGGUCUUCUAAAUCUUCUGUAGUUUGUGCAUCUUCCAGGUUGAAGGAUUUCAAAACUUCCACCAAGCUAAGCAGAGCUGAAAUAAGAUCAUCAGCUGCAGCUAGAUUGUCCCAGAGAAAUCAGAAAAAGGCAGAAAAAGAAGGGAAAACCUCAGAAGUAGAGCAGGGACUAGAGAAAGACAGGAAAAUUAAAACCUCAUUGUCCCACAGGAAGGGUAGUAGUUCCACAAAAUCAAGUGACACCUUAGAUGAAUCAUAUGAGAAGAGCUCUCCUUUAAAAGAGGAUUAUAAAAAUUGUGAGAAGAAAAAGCAGAAACUCUCACAAGAAUGCGGCAUUGGUAUGUCAGAUGAGGAUCGAAGUGAAGAUAAAGGUGAAGGUCACAGGAAAAGAAAGCAGAGUCUAGAAGUAAAAACAGAGACAAAGAAUCCGCCUGCGAAGAGAAAGAAGCUUAAGUUCUUUGAGUAUGUUGUAGAGGAAGUGCCUUCAAAGACACCAAACCAAGAUGAAGGUGAAGGAGCUGAUGAGGACAUGGGAGGAAGAAGAAGAAGUAAAAGGGCAUCCAUACCUAACACAAUCUACUAUAAAAACUUCAUCGAUCCAUCCGAAAAGAUUCCGAAAUUGUCUAAUUUGGAGAAGAGCAUCAUAGGUUCCAGGGACAAAUCUGGCAGCAAGGAAAAGGAACAAGCAGAAACAAGAACAAAGAAAUCCUCUGCUAGGCCUCAGAAGAUGCAAAAGUUCGAAGCAAAGCCCACUCUUCACCAAGACAAGAUGGAGGUGAUAAAGUGGGAGAUGGAUGAGUCUGGUGUAGUGUUAGAUACAACAGAGCAGACAGAAAACUCAGCUGAUGAAAAAGAAAAGGAGGGGGAGGAUCAGUGUGGUGAUGCGUUAGAUACAACAGAGCACACAGAAAACUCAGCUGAUGAAAGAGAGGGGGAGGAGGAGUCCAGUAGCACAACUGAUCAAACAGAGCAAACCACAUAUUCUAACCCUUCACCUGGAACAGAUGAUUGUGGCACAAAGAAUUGGGGUCGUGAAACAGUGGAGCUGGCCACAACAGAACAGACAGUAUCUGAUAACCAGGAUAAUAGUGUGACUGAUGUAAAUGGAAUGGUGUCAACUGAAAGAGAUACCAGCUAUUUCUUGGAAGAGAGAAAAAAUACAGAGCACUGCAAAGACUCUGUUGUUACAUCACAAACAUUGUCCCAAACAGCUGACUUGACUCCACAGGAAAACUGUGCAGAAAGUAUUACAGAAAAAUCAACAGAGAAACAAAUACAACAAAAUCUGAGUAAAGGAACAAGCAAAAAUGAGAGUCCCCCAGAUUUAGAAGUUACAGAAAUGUCUGUUGUGUACAUUGACAGAACAGCAAACACAGUGACAAAUGUCAGCUCACAACUCGGUAGUCUCAAACACAAUCAACAGGAGGCUGAAAAUAGUGAAAUUUCAACUGAAGCUAUCAUUGAGGGUUCCUCAGACAUGUGUAUAGAAAUACAGGGAGUGACUGAAGAAGUAAAUAUUGCUGGAAUAUCAGGGGAGGAACAAACAUCUGUGGAUGAUUAUAAAAUUGGGAGGGGUGCAAUCUCCAGAGAAAGGCCAGGGAGGAUUUGUAGGCAGGAUACAGAGGAGAUGGAAGAUGCUGAAAACCAAAUGACUGGGAUUGAAACCCCGAAAGAAAAGAAUGCAGGUAACCCAAAUAUUCUCCAGAAUUCAGAAGAAGGCACAAAAAAGUCCCAAGGAACAGUGACUGUACAGGUUUUAAACUCGAAAGCAAAGAAAGUGCAGAUGUUUGAUAUGUCAGUUCAAGCAGAUGACCUCAGCGAGAAUGAAGACCAAUCAGAAUCUAGUCUGCAUUCAGGUGAAUCAUCUACAGAGAUACAAAAGAGUUCUACUGUCAUCUCUAUGCCAGAUGGGAGGUCAGUCAGUGUCACGUCAGCUGACAAAGCAUCAUUCACCUUCCGAACCAUUCCCAAAACAUCCAUAUCCAAACAGGCUUCUUCCACUAGUUCUUCAAAUGUCAAGAGGAUCACUCUGCCUUCUGGGGCCACUGGUCUAAAAAUUCUGAAAGGAGUGCCUACAGGAGCACUGGAUAAGUUUAAACCAGCAGUUAUCUCCCUUGAUGGGGAGAUGAUUACAGAGGACGUGUCUUUUGAAGCCGUCCAGAAAACUCAGGAGGCAUGGAAUGCUGUAUACAAGUCUGGCCAGGUGGAUAACCAAGAGAUUAUUCUUGUUUCUCUCCCAGAGGGGCAGGAAUUAAAGGAGAAACUUCCCUUUAAAAGAAAGAAACAAGAUGAUGUUGCGUAUGAGAUGAAUGAGGAGGGGGAAUUUGUAUGUGGAGUAUGUAACUACAAAACCAGCCGAAAAAGUAACUGGUACAAACACCGCAAAAAACACAUAGGUCGUAAGACCCACAAGUGUGAGUUAUGUAACUAUGUGGCAGCCACGAGUAGUAACCUAAAGCGCCACCAGAACAUUCAUCUGGACGUCCGAGAACACCAGUGUAACCAGUGCGGUCAGACAUUCCGACAGAAAAUCCAUCUGGAGCGGCACAUUAAAUACAAACACGAGGAAAAGGCAGUAAAAUGUCCCCUGUGUGACUAUGUAUGUGCCAACGAGAAUCCCGACCUGAAAGUCCACAUCAAGAGACGUCACAUUCCCGUAGAAGACGAUGAAGCUAAGGAAGCAAAGAGCUACACAUGUGCCGAGUGUGGAUUAAUGACCUACAGCAAGAGAGAUAUGCGGCAGCACAUGAAGUUCCAUAAGUCAGGACCGGAGCUGAAGCUGUUCUGUGAGCAGUGUAGCUUUGUGACGGACUGCGAGAGUCGACUGAGGAGACACGUUCUGAUUCACUCUCAUGAACGUCCUUAUCAGUGUGGACUUUGUGAUUAUCGCGGUUCACAGAAGGAGCACGUGUUACGUCAUAUGAAGACCCAGCACCAAAUAUCAGUUGAGAGGAGAUCAUCAAAGAAAGGUCUUGAUGUGGAGGAUUCUGAUUCCAAAGACAGUUCCUCUGUUGAUAAACAGCAAGAAAAAUCUGAUUACAGCAGUCAAGAGAAGAUCUUUGCCUGCAAUCAUUGCUCCAUGAAGUUUUCCAAAUUAAUUAAUCUUUACAAACAUUUGCAUGGGCAGCAUAAGGAGGUCCUACCUCAGGAUUCUGAAGAGUUUCUGUGUGUUGUAUGUGACUUCAGAACCUCCAGCAAGAAAAAUCUUCUGGUCCAUAUGCGUAAACACAACCUCAUAGACCAAGUCCCUCCUUCCCAUGUGUAUUCCUGUGUUCUCUGUCGAUACAUGAACCCAAGAAGACGCAAUCUCUUUCAACACAUGAAAAAGAAACACAAUAUUGAAAUUGUCAUCCGUGAUGAUGGGUCAACAAGUUGUUUUGUGACAGAAAGCCUUCCAGCAAGUGAGGAUACUGUAAAUAAUAUGUUAACAGUCGGAGACAUCGUCACCACAGAAACAGAAGAAUCGUCAGAAUUACAAAUAGUAACCGACAACUCUAGUACAACACAGAGUGUAAUCAGCAUAGAGGAUCUGGCGUAUGCUGUGUCCCAUCCUAAACCAAACACUCGAUUACUCAAAGAAAGUACAAUGAAACCAAGAAUCGCUACAGUGGUGAAAGAGCAUGAGGCAGCAGAGGCCAUUGAGGGACUACAGGCUCUAGCGGGCCAGCCAGGAAUAGCUCACUUUAAUUUGGACCCACAGAAGCCAGACAAUAUGGAAACAGAGGUUAUCACAAUGGAAAACCCAGGGGAAUUUGUGGAAGAAAAGGAUGUCGAUAAAGAAUCAGGGUAUCACCUGACCCAUGACCAGUUGAUGAAUCUGUCCACUGGAGACUUUGUAGAAAUUAAUGGAGAAAUGUAUAAAGUGGAGAUAAGCUCAGAAGAAAACCCAGGCUCUAGUCAAGUGGAUAUUGUACAGACAGAUAUUACACAGGGAGGUAUGGGCUUAUCUGAGGUGACUAAUGGUGCAAGUCAUGUUACAAUGUCUGAUAUCGGAAAUGGCCAUUUAGAAGUUUCCCUUGUAAAAGAAAGUCCAACAGAGAACCAAAUACUCAAUCCCCAAAGCGAUUCUUCAAAAGUACCUGUAGUAAUUACUCAGUCAAGUGAUAUCCAAAUGGACGUUUCCCAAUUACAUAAAUCAGUGGAUGAACUUAAGGUUCCGAACCAGGUAGAGUUUCCAGAAACUAAAGCUGAAUCUAUGGAAAAUGCAACAGAAAUCCCUGUGCAAAUCACAGAGACUUGCACGGAACCAGAAACCAAUGCUGGAGACUUGACAGACAGGGACCAAGGCAUGACAACAAUUGAGGAGGCAUUCAUGCAUGUAGAGUCAAGUAAUAUAAUAGGCUCAGGACACACUCCAUCGAGUCAGUCUAUGACAUCAGAGGGAAUCAUAACCUCCGAGAUUCUGGGGAUUCAACAAAGUGAUCCCAUUGUUGCACACCAAGGAACCUUCACCUCCAUUGAUCAAGAGGUGGUCAACAAAGCAGAAGGUGAUAAAGUAGAUGAUGCCGCAGCACACCAGAUCAUGGAGACCUCUGUCAUAGCCGAGUUCUCAAGCACUCUUUCUGCAGGUUCUGAUGAAAACACUAGUAAUCAAAUUACAGAAUCAGUCUUUGCUGAAAACACACACUCAGAAAACUCACAAGAGAUGUCCAUGGAGAUUGGGGACCCUGAAGCUUUGGAAUCAUCAAGUUGAUAGACAAACUGUUUCUGAUUGAGCUGGCUGAAUUAAUGAUUAUAUGCUUAUAGGUAUUUCUUGUCCAUUUCUGGAAGGACAUUCUGGGUAAAUGGUGAUUUUUUUCCCUCCCUAUGGAUCCUCUCACGGGUUUUAAGUGAAUAAGCUUGCACAACCACCCUUGCUAUAUCUUGACAUUUCAGACAGGGUUUUGAAUAUAGAGAAUUUUAUAUAUUUAUGACGUAUUUAAUUUUAACUUGCAACUAUUUACCUCAGUUUACGUACAUGUAGCUAUAAAAAGAAAAAAAGUCAUCCUGGUGAAUGCUGAAGUUGAAAUGUGAUACAUUUUUAAUACGGAAAUUGUGAGUUGAAAAUGUAAAAGAAAAAAUGUAUUUUUUCACAUUAAUAGUAAUUUAAAGAUGUAGUAAUCUAUCCAAAUCAUAUUUUAUAUAAUUGGAAAUUCUAUCUGUGGUAAUAGUGACCAAACUGUAGCUUUAAUUUUCUCCACAGAACUUUCAAAUUACAUGUAUUGUUAAAAAUUUUCAUUGUGUAAAUACAAUUUGUAAUUACUAUGCAGUUAUUUUUAAUUAUAUUUAUU